AGUCGGGAAAAGGUGAAGUUCUGAAUGAAGGCCGAAGUUUGAAGUGCAACCCAGAACAAAGAAUUUACAACUUUACAUAGUAAUCCUGUAGUUGGUCAUAUAAAAAACUUAGUAAAUCUCUCUGAUUCGUUCUGAACGAAAUCUACAUUAGUCCGAUACAUCUCGUAUGAUGUAAUACUCUUUCAGAUUCAUGCAAAAACACUGCAUACGUAAUUGGUUUGUUAUAUUGCUGGAUACUUCAUGCCUUCAUGCACUAUACAUAUCUGAGUCGGUGAGAAUUAAGCAGAAUGAUGAUAUAACUCAAGGACAUUUCAACAAUUGUGUUACUUUCGGUUAGUAUGCUUUUGCUGUCCCAUCGACUCGUAUAGUGGACAAUUUAUCUACAAAAUUUCUCUUUUAAUAUGGGUCAUUUUGUACCCGUAGCGUCAUCCUUAUUUAUUAUAGUGGUCGCUUUCACUCAAAUUGCUUCUGCAGAAAGGAUACUCUUUAUCUUACCAUUGGCCACGAGAAGUGAGACUCAUUUGUUCACCCCAUUAGCGAAAGAAUUAGCUUUGAAGGGGCACAAUAUUACAUUUGUGACUCCUUCGCCUUCCAAUAUCAAACUCAAUAACUUUAAGGAAAUCGUCCCAAUUGCUCCUUUUGUGUUGGAAGACUUUGACAAUGUCGCCACGGAUCCAAUCGAAAGCAGGAGACGAAGUCGGAACAAGUUGGCGUGGAUUAUGUCAUUUGAGUUCCAAUUUAUUUUCGAUGGAUGUCAUGCAGUUUUCAACAACCCAGAAUUUCAAGCAUUACUUGAGGAGCAGUUUGAUUUGCUAAUUAUUAGCUCAAAUUUCAACAAUUGUUUUGACGGCUUGGUACAUAAAUUUCAAGCUCCAUUUAUCAGCAUGAGCAGUAUGCCGGUAUCGGGAUUCAUUGCACAAAUGACGGGAAUGCGUAUGCCACCGUCUUUUGUCCCUAAUCCAAUGUUGGAAUUUUCGGAUGACAUGACCUUUUGGCAACGUUUGGUCAACUCUCUGAUGACUUGGACGUUUAAUUUUCUUUUCGUUCGAGUUGUUGUUCCGUCAAAUACAGAAAUCUACCGAAAAUAUCUUGGGCAAGACUAUCCCGACGUGGCUCAGAUUGAAUCCGGUGUCAGCAUGAUUUUCAGUAAUAGUCAUUUCUCCAUCAACAGUCCAAGACCUGUUUUCCCAGAUAUUGUGGAAAUUGGGGGAAUUCAUUGCCGGGGAGCUGAGCCUUUGCCACAGAAUUUGGAUGAGUGGCUGUCCGCUGCGCCGGAAGGUUUCAUUUUCUUUAGUUUGGGAUCCGUGAUAAAAGGAGUCACUCUUCCGGAGGAAACUAGAAAAAUGUUCUUAAAUGUGUUUUCCAGAUUAAAGCAAAGGGUGCUUUGGAAAUUUGAAUCGGAGCAAAUGACGAACCUUCCAGCAAACGUUAAAUUGAAUAAAUGGUUAUCUCAGCAGGACGUUCUUGGUCACAAGAAUAUCAAGUUAUUCAUAAGUCACGGAGGACUAUUGAGCACUCAGGAGAGCACAUAUCAUGGCGUCCCAAUUUUGGGAAUUCCAUUUGCGGUCGACCAGGAUGUGAAUAUGUUACAGACAGAGAAAUUGGGAUUUUCUCUCACACUUGAAAUAAUGGACUUGACUGAGGAGAAAUUGGAAGUUGCGAUUAAUUAUAUUUUGAAGAAUUCAACAUAUGCGGACAAUGCAAAGCAAGCAGCGAAAAUAUUUCGCGACCGGGCUGAAAGUCCUCUGAAAACGGCCGUGUUCUGGACGGAGUAUGUUUUGCGACAUAAAGGAGCCUCCCAGUUGAGGUCCACAGCUCGAAAACUCACCACCUUCCAGUACCACUCUUUCGACAUCAUCAUGUUCCUCGUGAUCACUGUUCUAGUUUUCAUUUUGAUUCUGGUUCAGCUUUUCAGACUGUGCUGGUGUAGAAAGUCGACAACUGAUAAAGCACUUUUAAAGAAAAAAUGGCAAUAGCUUCAAUCAAUAAAUAAAAUAGAUAUGUAUAUUACCCUA